AUGGAAGAGCUCAGCGAUGACGAUGUGAAAGAGUUUGCUUCAGACUGGGUUAGAAGACUCCAAAAUUCUGUUUUGGCUGCAGACAAUGAUGUCAGUAACCCCGGUGUCGUCAGGUCUGGUUUCGGUUCAGAUGACGAGCGAAUAUUCCCUAAAGACGAAUUUCGUGAAGAAAUUGAUGAAGUCGAUCGUUCAACCUUCCGCUGGAGACCUUCUUUUGCUGUAGAUCUCAGAAAUUCAGUUGCAGACAAACACUUGCCCGGCCGAGGAGAAGGUGACGAAGGGCAAGUCCUGUCGUUCGAAUGUUCGUCAAAACACUCGAACGUCGAUCAAGACCAUCAAAGAUUUGGUGGAAAAAGCACUCCAAGACCGGAUUCUGAGUUCUUACGCCAGAAGCGCUUGGCUUUUUUCAGCAAUAGUCUAGAGUUGGACGAAACGAAAAAGUUGAACGUACUUCGUGAUGAGAAUCGCAACACACCUAAACAGUUUCCGGCGAGCCUUUCCUUAACGUGUGGUCACGAAACUCACAGCUCGCGCUCCAAACACUUCGACUCUUAUCCAUUAAAAGGAAUGAGUCAUGCAAAGCAGGAGAUAUCAAAUAAAAUGCAUCAGUUAGAUUCAUUUGAAACGCCUUUCUUAAACGGUUUUAGCAGCGGUAUUUCCCAAAGUGCGAACACAGAUAGCGUGCAUCUGUAUCAGAAUAUGUCCCCUCGGCGAUUUUACUCUGAUGAAGAAGAGAUCAGGUUGGAGCUAUGGGGAUUAAAAGAGGCUGUGCAUUCUGGGGAGCUUGAUUUAAAUGCAUAUCUUCACAAACCAUUAUGGAAAGAUCAAUUCUUCCCUGCAUCUUCAGGCCAGCUUGUCAACAGCUAUGAACAAAACCAUUGUAAACAACAAUUUGUCAAGAGUCCUCCAGAAGGUACGUACAGUUCCUUGCAUAUUGAAAGAACACUUAAUGGUAAAGCAAGUAUUAAUUGUACAGAGUUUAAUGGCCCAGAACCCCAGAUUAAUGGACCACUUUAUUCUGGUUUUGAAAAUUCUGAUUCUGAGACUAGCUUGUUGAGUUUUGGUUCAAAGUGUGAUGAUGUUCAUUACAGAAAAGUUAUAAAGAAGCAAGAGUCUUCUGUUACUAAUGGGAAAAUGAGUACAAGAGUGAAAGAUCCCAUAGGCAAGAAGCAAGAUCAUAAAAUGAAGCAAAAACGAGGCAAAGAUAAAAUUCUCAUGGAACUGACUGAGUUUAUAGAAGGUUGUGGGAAUCCAAAAGAUAUAGAACAUUCCAAGCAAAAUGGGAGUAUUAUAAAUAGCAGGCAUUCUCAAGAUGUGCCAUCCAAAAUCACUAAAGACAAUCGUGAAGCAGUUUCAAUGGAUCAUAUACAGAAUGAAGAUGUCAGAGGAGGUGAUUUCAUUAGUGGAAUUAAAAAUCCAUUGGACAAGGCUUGUAUUAGUAACAGCAACACUGCAUUGUCAUAUAAUCAUACGCAUCCAAAUGACACUCUUGUAGUACCUGCAGAGGAAUCUGGAAAUGUCAUGGGAAAGGUUUGCCCAAAAUGCGAUGAAGUCAACAGCAAGGCUGCGAACUGGUGCAUUGAAUGUGGUACUGCACUCAUUUGUGUAAAAGCAACUUGCUUGACUCCUCAACAGCGAAAAGUUUUUGAGAAACAAUGUGAAGAAACUCAGGCAUUAAUCAAGGAAACACUGAAUAAACCAAUGAAUUUUUCACAUCUGUUGGGUUAUGAUAAAGCUGAACAGGAGGAAAGGUCAUUAAGUAAUGACAUUUCAAACCUUUCUUUACAAGUUUCACAAAGUACGAGUAAUUUAGAGGGCAUGAGGUACUCCUCAAGUUCUCCUGAAUAUAAACGGCGCUGGAUGCGAUCAAGUACCGCUUGGAGCACCUACCAUCCUUGUGAACUUACAAAGAGUCGUUCUUUUGUCAAAGAUCAAACCAAAACUAAACAGAGACAGAGAGCAACAUCUUUUUCAGAUCUGACUAGUUCUGCAAAAGAGAAGGGUAGUAAGCAUCAGAAAAGAAGCGGUCGCAACAAGUCUCGGAAAAGGACCAUCAGUUACAGUGGUGCUGAGAAGGAUGCAAUGAAUAGCUCCGAUGGAUUUACAAAUUUAAAAUCAUUUGGUCAAAAUAGGAAUUAUUCUUCUAUGAAUACCACUCGAAAUGAGAAACAAAACCAGUCUUCAGUUAUACAAAGAGCAAGUCUGCCCAUUGAGAAUAUGCCUGAAAAUAAUAUAUCAGCUGAAGGACUUCACGGUGAAAAUGUACCUAAUGGGAUGGUUCAUUCAAAAGGUUAUCCAAGUCAGUGCAUGAUAAAGGUAUGCAGCCAUUCCAUCCAUUUCUGAGUCUGAACAUUAACGGGGCUGUCAGUAAGGGCCAAAAGUUGGGGAUUUCCCCCAACUAUUGUGAACAUGACUCCCACCUACUAUUGUAAGAAAAAUAGAACCCAACAAAUUUCCUAGCUGUUUGAUUCCCUGCCUAGUUGUAUGAUUUACCCAGCAACUUGAAAUUUUAAUUACGGCCCAGAUCAGCCCAAAUCAUUUUGCCAAAUGACCUUAUAAUGCACAAAUUUCAUUUUUUUUUUUUUUACAUUAUCUUUGAGUGAGGCACCAGAGUUAGCCAUGAAAGCAGGAAUUUGAGGCAGUUCUAGGCAUUUAAAAUAAAUUUUUAAAAUAUGAAUUUUUGUUUUGCAACAAGAUUUGCAAUGUUUUGAUUUUUUUUUUUGCAAUUUGUAUGGCCCCUUUUGACUGAGUUGCAUAAAUAUGGAUAUAACUUGCAAGUUAUCUUCCCCAUGCACAACUUUCAGUGUGUCACAGUGUGUCUGACUGUCACAUUAUUGGCAGCAUUGCAAAAUGAUGGUACAACACAGUCCGUUGCUAACAAAAAAGUGCUGAUCGGUGUUAUGAAUGCUAUGUAGGGUACGCAAUAGGAAACACGCAAUGUAGAUUCAGGAACAUGUGAAAUAAAACCACCACUAGAUAGGAAAGGGGAAAAUUUGGAAUAAUGUCAUAAUAUUAGUACAUUCAUUUUAAGCUCAAUUUCCUUUAACUGUCUAGGGUUCAACUGCAUCAUCAUUUGAUGAAGGGGCCACACCUUCCAAAUCAGUGGUGUCAAAAACAGUAGUGCCACCAUUGAAUUUGCAGGGUAAGAAAUGAUUGUAGUUACUCAAUGUUUGUUGUUUUUUUUUAAUUUUAAACAAUUUAAAAAACAAGGUUUCUGUCCCCACUGAAACCUUUCAAAUUUGCUCUAGUUUUCAUCACACAUUAAUUUUGCUCACAGUUCCCCAGUUUCAGUUUGAGUUCAUAAUAAUGAGUUAUGUUGUGUGAUUUUCGGAGCUGUUUUAGAUUUUAUAAGUGUUGACAACUUUGAUAUUUAGAAUCAUAAUGCAAUGUAUCAGUGCUUGAAAAAAAAUGCAAUGUUAUUCCAGGUUGCUCCAUGCUGGAUUAGGAGCUUUGAAAUUUUGAUUUUUCAGGCAGCGCUGUAGCCUGCGAACGGCAGACAUUUCUCCUUGCUCAUUGCUGUUGAGGGAUGUUUCAGGAGCCAAAACGUCCCUCAGCAGCGAUGAGCGAGGAGAAACAUCUGCUGUUUGCAGGCUAGCAGGUCUGGUUGGACAUAGUUAAAAGAUAAUUUAGUUACAGUCUAACCUGCUUAGUACUUUGCCACUGGCAAGUUAGCACAAAGAAUUGCUUUUGUGGCAAAAAAUCCUCUUGUCCAGGAGAACUCAUUGCUGUCUUUAAGGCCCGUGAGGAUUCCCCUGGCUUCUAUAAACAUUACCCCUGACUAAUAAUGGCAUACCCAGCAAUUUGAAAUCUUGCCCGGUGAGAGCCUUGACAACUAGACAGGAAUUUUGUCAAGCACUGAAGAUUAAUUUUAGUGAUGUUUAUGAUAUUAAUAUCAUUCUAGCUAACUACCUUAACUCCCUAUGAGAAAGAUCGAUAACAAUAGAAUGGGAUUGUUAACAACAAUUUGGUGUCUUUGUUGUCUCAGAGGUUGGUAGUUAUGAGAGAAUACUGACUCUGGUAAGUUAUUCUUUGAUUUUCUGUUUAUUACAGCAGUUUCUUGUGAUACAUUAACUAUCAGACAAGUGUUUUUGUCUGGUAUGGUGGUCAGAGAAAACAGAUGACAUUUUGCAAUGCCACCAACGAUUUCCCCAUGAAAUGACGUCUGAGAAACAAGCGCAGAAAUUCCAUACUGAUGACGUGUCACUACCCAGAUCCGGGUACUGCUUCUGAUUGGUUGUGCCACUUGUGAAAUUUCCUUCAACCAAUCGAGAGCACUACCUCAUUGGGUAGUGACACAUCAUCAGUAUGGAAUUUCUGCACUUGUUUCUCAGACUUCAUUUCAUGGAGAAACUGUUGGUGGCAUCGUGAAAUGUCAUCUGUUUUCUCAGGCUACUGUUAUGGCUGAGAACUUGGUCAUUCUACUGUGGCCAAUCUCAAUGGGUGAAACAAAUCCUUGACAAGGUGUUUGCCAUCAAUCAAUCAAUCAAUCAAUCAAUCAUUUAUUUUAACACGUUACAUCAAAGAGCUAAAAAACUCGUUCAACUGGAACAACUGGGGCCAGAGGGACCCCUGCUACAGUAUAAUAUGUAAAUUAAAGAGGAGUGAGUGUGACUAUACCCCAGGCCCCUGUCUUUGAAGCUGCAUGAGUGGACUCAAUGAACUUAGUAAAACUUUCUGUAUUUUUGAGUUGUGUGGUUUCUUACAUAUAUUUGUUAUGUUCUAUUCUAUUUUCUGUUUGAUUACAACUACACAGAUUCGUUCUCAACGUGAAAGUGAGCCAGUACCAUACCUGUACCUUCCUGAUGAAAUCCUGUUGCAGAUAUUUUCCUUUUUGUCACACAAAGACUUGGCAUCUUGCUCUAGAGUUUGCAGUCAGUUCUAUCGUAUAUCCUUGGAUGAAACCUUGUGUAAGUUUUUGUUACAAAAGUUUUAUAAACCUGGCCUCAGUUGUUCAAAAGCUGGAUAGAGCUAUCCAUUGGAUAGAGCGGUUUUCACUUGACUGUCGUAAAACCAAAACCAAAGUAAAUACACUAGCCAACCAAAGGGCGUAGUAAAACCAAAACCAAACCAAUUCCUCGAUUACUUUCGACAGUCAAGUGAAAACUGCUCUAAAUCUCUAUCCAGUGGAUAAGUAUUAGGGAAACCAAUUGCACUAUCCACAUGGUAGAGAUUUAUAUGGUGGAUAGGGCUAUCCAGCUUUUGAACAACUGGGGCCAGAGGGGCCCUAACGUGAUUAGCAACAAAAUCUUUGACAGUGGUUUCCUUGAUUCGGUGUGCCUAACAACAACUGUUGCGGUUAAUACAUCACUUCACCAACUCAAUUUGUUGUUAGACUUGUACCAUCAAGGAUGAACUACCGGGUACAUAAAUUGUUUCUAUAAACAAACAAACGUAUAGAUACAGCUGUAGGUCUGUAAAUUUGUUGUACUCUUUUAAGUCCGUAAAAAAUGUAUGAGAAAAGGAUCAUUAGUGGAUUAUAGUUGCAUUAUGAGUCCAUUAAAAUGACUGCACAUGCUUAGUUACUUUAAUUUGUAAACAGUAAUUUUUUCCUGAGAUAAUUAUUUACCUUGAUGCAACCAUGAUAACACGAGAAACAAAAUCGCGAAAUCCUAAACCUUAGCCUCUUUCACAGGUUGCAUUUAACAGAUUUGUCUUUCUUGCUUUUGAAUUCAUUACACAUAUUUCUUCUUUUCUUUUUCUUUGCUUUUUACUUAUUAUAUUCGCUAUCUGAUUUGUAAUAGAAUUAAUUUGGCACACCUCAGCUAGUGUUUUCUUGCUAACUACGUGCCAAAAAAUUGUACUUGUAAUAUUAUGUUAGUAAAUGUCUUGUCUUGUCUUGUCUUGAACAGAAUCAAUCAUCUGAUGAAUAAUUGAACAUAAUCAAUAAUCAACAUAAUAAUAACACAUGGUGCAAUUAUUGUGUUUAUCCACAGGGAAAGUCAUUGUUCUGAAAAAGAACAACAAUAUCAAUGAUGAAUGGCUAUGCUCUAUUGGAAAACAUCGACCGACAAGUUUAACAAUCUCCCAGUGUCACAGUGACAAAGUAACAUCCAAGGGUCUUAGAGAGUUGUUUCGGAACUGUAGUGACUCCUUAGAGGUUAGGACAAUCUUGUGAACAAUUUACACAUGUAAUGAUCCCAUUUAUUUACAAUUACAUUUUUAAAAAAAAUACAGUUAUUUUUAGCAAUAGCCCAAUAUCGUGAGCACAUUGGUAUCAACUGCUCUAAAUUUUUAUCCUUGUGCAACCACCCCCUAAACAACCAACCCUCUCUUUUAUGCAGCGGGACCUUGUUUGGUUGUAAUUCCUUGAUUGUUUCUCAUUGUUUCUUUGUUGUAACCUCCUGAAAGUGACCACUUGCACACUUGCAGUAAGUCUGAUCUCAUACAACAUAGAUUACAAGUGGUACUUGAAGUGAAAUAAUUUGUUAUUUAGAAUUUGCCUGAAGUAAAUUCUGAGAGUCAUAUUCAUAGAUGUGUGUGACCUGUUCUUAUAAAAGACCCAUUGUUGUUUGCCCCUCACAAGCAACCACCUCCCCUAAUCAACCAUUUAAUCUUGUCCACUGUGGGAUGGUUGGUUGGUUUAACUGUAUAUCUAAACCUUUUGAAGAUACCAUCCCUCCUUCUCUGCCUUAGCUGGUUAAAAAGUAAGUUAAAUCAAUUAAGGUAAACCCCCCAAAAUUAUUAUUUCUAGGAGCUAAAUUUCAGUAGUUGCCGUGGCAGUGAGUUAAUUGGUGAGUCUGUUCUGCUGCACGUUGCAGCACGAUGCUGUUGGCUAAAGUCUGUUGACGCAAGCUGGAGUAAUGUCAGUGACAAUGGUGUCCAAGCUCUGGUUGACAAUGUAAAAAGGUAAAGGCUUUGUCAGUCGAUGAUUUAUAUAUUCCUUCCGUGUUUUCUGUAACUUGUAGGCCGACAAUUAUUUUGAAUGAAGCUGUCAGUUCAAAAAUGGCACAGUUGAUGUCAAUUUUGCACAGGAAAAAGUUGCUCGGAAAUUGCUGAAUUCGUGCAUACAGACUCAUUUUAUGGUGGUGAACCAUUUGGUCAGUGUGAUUAUUUUUCUCUCUGAGGCAUAAUUUUCAAGAUAAUUUAUUGGAUGAUGAAAUUGGUAGUUUAAACAAAGGACUCUCAGAACAAUAUGGUAGAUUGUAUACUUAAAGAUGACUAACAACUAUGAAAGAAGUAAAAAAACUUUUGAUUUACAUUUGCCAAACUGUAACAAAAAGUGUUUAAAAGUAGCUUUUUUGUAUGCCAUUAUCACAAGCAAUAUUAGUUAAUAUUAAAAUUAAUGCAAAUAAUUCAAUAUAUUUUCAGUACUUGUUUUGAUCUUACCUUGAAAAUGACAAAGGGGAAAGGGGGCCUGUACUGUCUGUGAAGUAUUUUGACGUGAAUUUUAAACAUGUUGUAGGUUGGAGUGUUUGUGUUUAAAUGGGUGUCAAGCAGUCAGUGAUGAGUCAAUCAAAUGUGUGGCUAACAAACAUGGCAAAACGUAAGUUUUCGUACAGACUGACAUCUGCAAUCCUUGCAUUUUGAGCAACAAGGGAAAGACUUUUUAUCCAUGAGGAUGGUAGCUUAACAGUAUUACCCCAGUAUGACUUAUCAUGCAUGUUUAUUUCGUGUAACAGAUUUGUUGAGAAGCAAAUAAAAAGGAUUUAUUGCACCUAGUAGAAUUGUUUUCCUUGAGUAGAUGGUGUUUCUUCGACAACUUGAUGGUAAUUUUUGCCUGUUGCCAGUGCUACCAGCUAUAAUCUAUAUAUGAUAAAGUUUUAACCUAAUGCCAAAAACUGAAGAAAUAACACCCUGAUUUUCUUGUCAUUAUUCUAUAGCCUUAGAAUCUUUGAAGUGUUUGGCUGCUUUUACAUCACACCAUAUGGAAUUAGAAUUCUUGGUCAGACUUGUAAACAGCUACAGACGCUGAAUAUUGGCCAGUGUCAUAAGGUAAGGAGAAUAUACAAUGAAAUCUUUUAUUCUUCAUGAAGUUAUGUUGCUCAAUCAAACAAAAAGGUCUUUGUAACUACAUGAUUAACCUGGCCCUGGUUGUUCAAAUCACUGUCCAUCGGAUAAGUACUGAGGCCAUUUUGAGUUCCAAAAGCUCCCAUUUCCAAAACAAUGCUAAGUUCAAAAUGUUUCAUUUUCAAAUCACUGGCUUUGCACUUAGCCUCGCUUUGAAACAGGGGCUUGGGGUACCUCAGAAUGAAUAGCCUAUUGGGUUAUUCACUGGAUAGAGAUUUCGCCUGUGGAUGUUUGAGCAACUGCGGCCAGAUAUCCCUUUCCAUCUUUUGAACAUGCGUAGUUUAAUUAUGAUGUCCUCUUCAAUUUUGCUGAACUGCUAUACAUUAAUGAACUGUUAACAAAAACUUUUGUUUAUCUGUUUUCAUUUUGCUUGACUACUGUUGCAGAUUACAGAUUCAGCGAUCGGAUCAUUGGUAUCAAACCUACCAGAGCUUGAGAACCUUGAUCUAAGAGGCUGCAAACAGGUAGAAUUACAUCUUUAUUUUAUUUGUUUUAAGUUUUCUUUGACCAGCCUUUUGACCUAUUGCACAAUUCACUAGUAUAAUAUUAUGUCACAUUUUCCUCAAGCGAAUCCCUGAAAUGGUCUCGAUCCCAUCUCUAUUAUGCCAAAUAUACUUUGAAAAAUGAAAAAUUGCGGUCAUUUGCUUUAACCAUAAAAGAUGCCAAAAGAAAAGUGUUGAAGACACAUUCAUCUCUAUUGUUUUAAUACAUUUUGUAUUGACAGCAAUAAUCAGAAAACCUUCCAACAGAUAUAACUCAUGUUUCAUGUGGACGCCAACAUUGCCUUUUCCAGGUGUUCAGCUGGGGCGGCGGGGCGGCAGGGGACUGUGGAAAGAGAUGUGAGCACAAAAAAAUAACAACGAGGGGGUGGGGUAGGGGUGAGAGCCCUCUUUUCCUCCUUAUUUUUUCCUCGCUCUCUUCCUUCGCGCAACGCCCCACUAUCCGAAUGCCUGGAACAGGCUAACAACAACAAUGUAGCCUGCCCCACAGUAGCCUGCGUAGCAAGCGUUUCCUCGCGAGGUUCGUCUAGAAAGCUGAGACGAGAGCAAAAAAAAAAUGAAUGACGGGGGAGGGGGAGGGGAACGAAGGACUCGAUUGGAAACGCUUGCUACGCAGGCUAGCCCCACAGACAGAACUAGACUUAUAAUCCGGGUUAAAUUACGUCUACUAAGCAGGCUACAAAAAAGAAAUUAUUUCUGUAUUGUUUUGCCACUUAGAGGUAAGGAAGUACAGCAAACUUUCUGUCAGCUGCAGAACUGUUGUCUUGAUUAGCCAGUCAGGUCGACAUAUUUAAUACUUAUACUGAAGCAAACGUUUAUUUUCUAAUACAUAAAAACUUUACUACAGGUUCGUGACUCAGCAGUGAAGAAGAUUGUUCGCCACUGUCCACUUGUCACCACACUAGUUCUGGCGAAUUGUCCUCUUAUUACAGAUGUGUCUCUAACAGAAAUAGCCACCAAUCUUCCCAGAAUAAGGUAGCAUGCAGACGCUCUUAAAAUCUUUUAGCAUACAUGUUUACAUUUUAUUUGUAACCAUACAAAAGUUUUAUUCUGUGGAUAGACGCCUGUCCAGGAUCACGCUGUUAAUGUGGGGGCUGAAGUUGGGAGGGGGGCAUCGGAGGUAAAAUCAGAAAAUUCUACUUUCUCGCUCACCCUAUUUUUGCCUCUACUUCCUGGUGCUUUUUACUCACAGGUGCGCGGCUCAUUUUGUCGAGUUCUCGUUUGCAUUGAGAAAAUAGAGAGUAAACAGCCUGUUUUUCAGUGCCUUUGUGCACACUGUUAAUGCGCGUGCAUUAUUUCGGUGGAACAAUGUUAGUCAAUUCAAACGCAGGAGUGAACUUAAUUCUGCACAUGCAUAAAUUCAUUGUUACUAAGCCGUAUUCGUCGCUAGUCACAAUGGCCUCAGUUUCAACGAUGAUAGAUUGUUAAUGAUAGUAACAGUCUCAUGUUCGACAUGUUUGAGAAUUCAAGCUUUUAGGAUGCUGACAGUUAUCGAACUAGUUUUAAUUAAGAAUUGGCUCUGUCUCCCUGGAAUGCUAAAGCAGGAUAAGUUAUCGAAUUUAUGUUUUCUUCUUAGGUCUCUUGAUAUCUGUGGCUGUUCCAGAAUAAGUGACAAUGGUAUCUGUGCUCUCUCGAAAAGUUGUCAGCGCCUGGAACUUUUAGAUUUGACCUCAACAGGAGUUGGCCACAAGAGGUUCGUUAUUUAUUUUUUUUUCGAAUUUCUCAUUUUUUUGUCAUAUUUUCAAUGCAUGUUGGUCACCAUUCCUGGAGGAAAAAUAGCGUAAAAAGCAGCCGAAUUUCCCGACGCCACCACUGGUUUCCCGCGAAAUGACUUCCGAGGAAAGACUGAAGAAAUUCCAUACUGAUGACGCUUCACUACCCAGAUCUGAGUAGUGCUUUCGAUUGGCUGUGCCUCGUGGGAAAUGUGCUUCAGCCAAUCAGAUUCACCUCCCAGACCCGGGUAGUGACACGUCAUCAGUAUGGAAAUUCCGCGCUCGUUCCCCAGACCAGUGGUGGCUUCCGGAAACGUCGGCUGUGUUCUUAGGCUAGGAUGAAAAAUUGCUUGGAUUUGGUUUGUUGUUACAUAGCUGUCAUUGAAACCCUCUCCCCCCCCUCCCCCCUUAAAGUUAUACUGUUCACCACGCGUGUGUGUUUAAGAUAAUAUAAAACCGUAUUCAGAUGUAAUCAUGUGGGAGAAUAAGGGGACCCUUAAGUAACAAAAUAUGUACUUGUAUUCUCCAACAGAAAAGUAAAGUUAACCGUGCUCUUUUAAUUUUUGUGCGCUUACGUAGUUGUUGAAUGUAUUUAUAUAGAUAUUUGCGCCUUAUAAGUUUUGAAAUUGAAUUAAAUUAAAUUAUUUUUUUUUAGUGUUUUGUCACUCGCCAACUACUGCAGUCAAAGUCUGUGUAAUCUAAAGCUGAGUUUCUGCACAGAUAUUUCUCAAAAUACAGUUGCACACCUCGCUAAGAACUGUAGAAGGUAAGGCAGCACUUUUGAGUUGUCUAGUGUUUAAACAAAACGGAACAAACAUGUUUCUGUGAGACGCCACACAUGUCCCAACACUGCACGUGACUCUGUCACUAUUACAUGUCCCUUCGAUAUUUCUACUUCUCUUGAAACAUGAUGUCCCUUGUUUCCCUCGUCUCCCAGAGUUGGCCUAAAGGAUGGUUUGUUUUGUCUCUCCACAGGCUGACCACACUUCACUUGUACGGCUGUAAGCGCAUACGUAACACCUCACACCUUAGGCUACUCAACCCUGCACUUACGAUCGAGUGUUGACAUGUGAUCAGAGCAUGCUAGUAUCGAUGGUGAUCGACUUGUUAUUAUUUUCCUUCCUAUAACCCAAUUUGACGCUUUUACUGCCGGUGUAAUAGUUCAGUAUCAAAGCCUGCAAAUAUGUUCAUUCUCUUUACCAAGCUGUAACUGGCAAACCAGCAAUCACAUUUGACACACUCUUUCUUUUGCUGAUCUAAUUUUCUGUCGAGAUUAAGAGAACGAACAAGUUGUUGUUCGGUAGCUGGGAAGGUUACUUAUCUAGUGACCUACAAAUCAGACGUCUUUUAACCAAGGGAGUGGCCCGAAAGAUGAGCUUAAUACCGGAUUGGCUGAUUCGGUUGAUCCCAGAGAAAACGAUCAUUGUGAUUUCCCUGUAAAUUUUCGCGUCUUUUCUUAACCAGUCAGACUCCCUGACAGACUUGUUCCCCGUGCUUGGCGGGAAAAAGUCAGGUUGUGAUUGGCUUAUUCCGUUUUUGUGUCUGCUGUGAUUGUCCGGACUUGUUUCUAAGCCUGACUUAGCCUGUUCUUAGACCCUGUACCUCGGGCGAUUUAUGGACCACAAGUGAAAAGGUGUAGAGGUGGGAUCGCUCUUGAGAGAAAAGGUUUGUUGACAGGCUGAGCCUAACUUGGAUACUCCCCCAAGUGGAUCGGUUUUGUUGCAUGAAGAUAUUGUUUUUCAGUGCAAAUUUGUGCUUUGCGGUUGUACAGUUAAAUUCCACGGGCGUAGCCAGUCCAUAGACCGGUAGGCCUACAAAGUUUUGGUUUGAUCACUCUAUUGCUUGUAAUAAAUUAUGCGAUGUUGGGGUGAACUAAAAAGCUUAAGAGCUCAAAGUGUUGGUGGGGUCGGUGCGUACAAGUCAUGCGUGCAAAAAUCAGGAUAUGUUGAAAUGAAAGUCAGCCAGGCCUAUGCUUAGUCGAAAGGCUGACUACGCCGCUGAAUUCCUUGUUAAAAGUGUGAUGUAGAUGGAAAUAUAGAAUUCUAUGGGGAAGAAAAUAACUGCGUAAAUAGUAAAAUAAAAAGCUGUUCUUGUUUGUAAAGAAUGAGAAACUUAUCAGUGCACGACUCUUAUUAAACAGAUUUGGCAAAGAUGUCUUUAUUUUUCUAAUGUACCAGCAUAAUCAUAAAAACCUCUGUCCUGACGAUUAUAUUCGACAUACAUGUUUGGAUAAAUCGCUUUAUACCCCGAUUUUCAUCGUUUUGUUUUUGUUUUUUUUUAAAGUUGGUGAUUAACUUUGUCAUUUGUAGUUCACAGAGUUUGAAAAUCGCAAAGUGAAUUGGUUUAAUAUCCAGAGGUCAUAUUGAUUAUG